AUGGCAACAGUCUCAGGAUCGCUGGGUCACGAAGAAAGGACAGCUAAUGAACCGAGAGAGAAUAAGCUUGAGCCGGUGGUUUUGUCUAGCAUACGAGAGGUCAACUCAAGUGUGAGACUGCUCAGGUUGAAGGCUUUUCUUCCCGGCCAAUGGGUUGAUACGUUCAUUCCUGGUGUUGCCCAGGCUGGAGGCUUUACGAUCACUUCGUCACCAAGUGAGGCGAGACCAUCUAGCCAUUCAUCUGCAUUCGUGGAGCUCGCAGUCCAAGCGACCAGGAACCCUGUAUCUCAGUGGUUGUGGAGACCCGAGAAAGACAUUCUCAACGCGCAACUAGUUGUCCGGGUGGGUGGUAGCUUUACCUGGCCGCCUCAUGGCCUCGAUGCUGGAGAUAUUGAACGCUUGGUGUUGGUAGCCGGAGGCAAGAUUCUUUUUCUUCCGCGAUUAAUGGACCUCGUCGCAGCUGUCGCAGAUCCCAACGUCUCAUUACGAUUGUUCUUAACCGGUACCGGCGACGACGAAUUCAUUGAUCAUGGACAAUUACCCAAUCUGACAUACGGACGGCGGAUCGGAGAUAAGGAUCUGAUUAGCGCUUUGGAUGGGUUCCAAACUAGUGUUUUUGGGUCAGAACACGAUCGUUUGAAAACUGUCGCGUACGUGUGCGGGCCUCCGAGGAUGACAGAUGAAGUGGUAGCCUUUCUCUCGAGGCAGUCGGGAAUGACAGAAGACCGAGUGAGAUGUGAGAAGUGGUGGUAG